AUGCGUAAGCGCAGCGCGUCGAGCGGCGUCGGGCAGAGAGGCGGAGCUCGCGGCGGCGCGCGGACGAUGCCGCGCUGGCUGUGGGCGGCCAUGAUCCUCGCGGCGGCGGCCGGCGCCGGCGCCUGGGCCCCGCCGGCCCCGACCCUUGUGCUCACCCCGCGGGUGCGCAGGCAUGUCGGACACACCACCACCCGCCACCUUCAGCUGCUCGGCUGGCAUCUGGAGCUACAGGAGAAUAGGCAAAUACGAUCUCCUUAUUACAAUGAGUGCAAGUUCUACAGAGGAAGAGUUUUGAAUGAAGAGCAGUCGUCCGCGACAGUGACGGACUGUGAUGGUCAACUGUAUGGGCUGCUGCAGGUCGGCAGCGAGGAGUUCGUGUUGCAGCCGACAAGAAAAGAAGGAUCAGCACAUGUUCUGCGGAGACGUGACGUGGAACUGUCCGAAUGGGCCGCCGCGUACAAUCUCACUGGUGACACGGUCACCGACCUUGAACUUGACUUCGGAGAAGAGGCCGACCCGGUGCCAGAACCACAUGUUCGAGCCAGAUACAGUGUUCAUCCUGAUACUGACUAUUUCCGUGGACCAAGAACUAUCAGUAGGCCAGUUUCAGGUGUCAAGGGUUUGUGGCUCGAAAUGGCCAUCGUGGCCGACCAUACGAUGCUCAAGUUCCACGGCAAGGAGAGAGUGAAGCACUACAUUCUCGCGUUAAUGAACAUCGUCAGUGCCAUCUUCAACGAUCCCUCGCUGAACUCUAACAUGACGCUCGUGAUCAACAAACUGUACCUGUACGAGGAGAAAGAUUAUGUAAUAAAGUAUGGAAACGUGAAGAAGUCUUUGGAGGCUGUGAAUAAAUGGAACUACAGACAUUUGAUGAAGUUGCCAGCAGAUAAUACUGGAUGGGAUGCUGCAGUGUGGCUGACUCGAGCACAGCUAGGUGGACCUUCAGGGUUUGCUCCUGUGGGUGGAGUCUGUUCAAGAACUAGAUCUGCUGCUAUAGACCGGGAUGAGGGUCUCACCAGCGCCUUUGUAAUUGCACAUGAACUGGGACAUCUACUUGGGUUGACUCACGACGGCGACAGUCAGUGUCAGAGCGAAGCAGUACGAGGAUCCGUGAUGGCCCCAACAGUCUUGGCCACGCUCCACAACUAUGCGUGGUCUUCCUGCUCUAAAGAACAGUUCCACGAUAAGUCCAAACGCUGGUGGUGCUUGCAUGAACGAAGUCAUGAUGAGGGAGUGGAGUUGGGUGGUGCCAAAGAAAUAUCCAACUAUGUAUUCACUAUGGAUGAACAGUGCCGCACAGAAUUUGGUGAAGGGUUCUCAGUGUGCAAGUCGGUGAAGGUGCGGUCGGCGUGUUCGCGGCUGUGGUGCGCGCACCGCGCCAUGCCGCACGUCUGCCGCUCCAAGCGCGCGCCGCCGCUCGAGGGCACGCCCUGCGGUCACAACAAGUGGUGUGUGGAUCGCAUAUGUGAACCGAUGCCUGGACACGCUAUCAAGACUGAAACUGACAAGCAAACCGAGGUGAUAGAACGAGGUAGUAAUAUGGAGGAGAAAGAGAUAGAGAGUGAGAAACCAGAGUGGAGUGAUUGGGGCGCGUGGAGUGACUGUAGCGCUGACUGCGGGUAUGGUCUGCGGACACGCAUCAGAAGGUGCAGGUACAAAGGCAUAACAUCGGAGAGUGCAUGUGAAGGCGCCGGUUUCCAAGUGCGCACGUGUUGGGCGGGCGUCGUAUGCGCAGCGACACGCGACGUACGCGCAGACAUCUGUUUACGGCAACACGCUCGGUUCAUACCCUACUUACAUCCUAAUGAAACUCAACACUGUGAGGUGUGGUGUGUGGACUAUGGCGGCGGAGGUCCGUCGAACUUUGGCGCCCUCCCAGAUGGAACACCCUGUAGCUACAACAGACCUUAUGAUGUGUGCUUCCAGGGUACGUGUGUCCAAGGACACUGCAACUCUUCGGAUUCGAUCUGCAACUGGUGUCCGGACGGAUACUGCAACAACAACACACAUGUUUACACACGACAACUUGGCAAUGGUUGGACUCGCAUGACAAUGAUCCCACACGACGCUCACCAACUAUCGGUUCACAUCGCGACACCAAUACCUCUGAACAUUGCAAUGCGAGAAAAGAAACGUGACAAACAGAUCUUGGACUUAAUGAAACAUUCAAAACGUUACGACAUCGAUAGUAAACAGGACAAAUACUUGAAGUAUGAUCCCAAUGUGCCACAGAACUUGCAGAUUAUAGAAAUGGACAAUCAUGUCAUUGAUAUAAAGGAGGGAGCUCGCUGGGAGGGAGAGGUAGUGGCAUCUGGCACGCUCCUGCGCUGGACUCGAACCGACACAGAUGUCUUUAUAUCCUCCGAGUCUCGCCUGCAAACUGACUUAAUGAUUAUGGCGUUUCCUGAGCAUCCAGUGGUGUCUGGUGAGGUGGUGACGGUGGAAGUCUCCGUCAACUACAGCACUCCAGCCAGUCGAACCAGACCUUUGGAGUACAGAUGGUCUACGGAACGGGGGCCAUGUUCUGCGUCGUGUGGUGGAGGUGUCCGAGUAGUGCGUCCGCGCUGCCUGCGCGAUCACAAAUGCGCACCAGUUAUGUUCGAAGCCUGCAAUACACAUAGUUGUGAGUUCACGUGGGUUGGUGGCGAGUGGGAGGAGUGCAGCGCCACGUGUGGACACGAGGGCGUGCAUGAGAGGCAGCUGUUCUGUGUACCACUGAAUGUCAGUACAACAUCAAGAAGAGAGCUCAUAAAGAACAGCGUGUCCCCGGCGUUGUGUACGUCACCGAAGCCGAGCAAAUAUCAGCCGUGUAACCGAAUAUCUUGUCCUGUCUACUGGAGGGAGUUGCCGUGGACUCAGUGCUCCACAACGUGCGGGCGCGGCAUCUCGCGGCGGCCGCUGGUGUGUCCGGCGGCGGACGCGCGGCAGUGCGGCGCCAAGCCGCGCGAGCGACACCGGCGCUGCCGCGUGCGCGGCUGCGGGGCGCGCGCGCCGCCCGCCGCCUGCCCGCCCGCCGACACCACGCAGUACUGCGAGCUCUUCGAGCGCGACCAGCUCGCGCGCCACUGCCUCGUGCCGCCCUUCCGCAAGUACUGCUGCAACGCCUGUCGACAGCUCGACCACGCACACUCCAGGGGCCACGGUUAG